AUGAUUACAGCACAUCUCUACUAUCAAUACCCCCUCCACGUGGUAUUUAACCACCAGGCUUUCCGCUAUGCACACGAACGGUACAGUUUCUCCUUUCCUAGGGCCAAUACGUCCGUCAGCCUCCGCGACUUAUUGGAUAAGCACACGUUUCCAAAUGUUCCAAAAGUCGACACAGAUAAUAGCAAAUAUUACUCAUUCGGUGACAGGUAUCUUCUUGGUCUCAAUCUAGCUAAGUCUUUGUUCCAUCUGUUCGACGGACCAUGGAGGCCGCUAAACUGGAAGACCGAGGACAUCGGCUUCCCAGCUACUGAAACCUCUACCUCGAUGACAGUACACUCUCGCCACAGCCCAUAUAUCCAGUUCAGUCUAAAGAUUGAAGACGAAAAGGAGAACCGGAUUCAGAAAAGAAAAGAAAAGAUCGAGAAGUUCUGUUAUCCAAUGUGGUUAGCACUAGCUCAGAUCCUUCUAGAGCUUCAUUUAGGACGCAGUCUAGCUCAUGAGGGUGCUGAGGGACUCGAUGAACCCGAGCUACGUAAACUACUUCUUCGGAUUAGCGAUAUUGAGCUUCGAGACAGCAAAUUUAACUCUUACAAAGAAGCCAUUGAAGGUUGUCUAUAUUUUGGCUACAACCUUCUUUACAUCCCGCGAGAAGCAAGACCAGCAGAAGAGCGCAAGCUGAUCAGAAAUCUCAUUAUUGUUAAACUUCAGGAGAACUAUGAGAAAUGGUCAUCUACUCUAGGGGAAUAUACUGACCUCGACUUGACGCCAAACCAACAAUCUCAGAAACUUGAAGAUAUCACUCCUUCAUCACUGAACAAGGAUACCAUGGCCAUUACCCCAAUACCUCCUCCUUCAUUUCUCUAA